AUGGCAACAGCGGCGUUGGCGAAGUUUAUCAUACAAGUCAGUCCUCAGAUCACUCAUCUGCAGCUGCAGGUGCACGGACUAUCGACGAUCCUGUUCGCUCUCACGACUGCUGCGUCUGCGGCUCAACAGGCAACGGCAUCAUCGUUGACGAGGACGUACACUGUCACGGGGCGUGGUCGUGGUGGGGCGACGGCAGCAGCUACGUUUCCGAUGGCGGUCAAUUCGACGCUCCUCAAUGCCGUGUCGCUGCCUCUGCUUCAGGAACUGUACAUCCAGCCGAAGCGCGACAUGUACGGCCAAAUGUUACAUUGUCAGAUCAACCCGCCUCAUAUCCAGUGGCUUCAGAUCCCGUUCUCAUCACCCCGUUUGGUAUCUGUCACGCUCGGAUAUUUCGAUAUCCUGAAGGAUGAUUGGACGGUGCUGUUGCAGAGUCUUCGGUUUGACAUUAUUGAGAAGCUGGUGCUUGAGGGUACGAAUAUCUCGGAUGGACAAGUUAGGCAGCUGAUCGAGUUGUUGUCGAGAGCCGUGGUGGGUUUCGGUUGGGGAGGACCUAGGACUGUGGCAUUGAAGGUGCUCAAGGUUGAAGGGUCGUUGAUCACCGACCCGGUGCUGAGCGGCAUCAAGGCGCAGGUGAACGCGCUUCUGCCGGAUUGUGAAGUGUUUAUCUGA